AUGGUUCUUGUCACGCUGUAUGUUUCCCGUCUUUGGAAAGAAUUUUGGGGUAUAAAACCAAAACAACCACCGACAUACAGGGGAUGGCUCCCGUGGUUUGGUUGUGCCAUGGAAUUUGGCAAGGGUCCACUACAUUUUAUAAACAAAAAAUCGAAAGAGUUGGGAUCAAUAUUUUCUAUAAAGGUAACUGGUGAAUAUAUGACAUUUGUGACAGACCCUAAAGACUUUCAGUAUUUUUUUCAAUCACCUUGCCUGGAUUUUCAGAAAGCUGUUCAAGGACCAGUUCAAAAUGUUGUGUCCAUUACCAAAGAGUCUUUCUUUGCAUACCACAGCAGUAUACAUGAUUUAGUUAAAGGGAAAUUAGCUUCAUCACAACUAGCUCCCAUGUCUGAUAAAUUAUAUACUGAAUUCAAAGAACAGCUUGCAAAACUUCCUGAAAGUGGUACUAUAGAUUUAAAUAGAUUGAUCAGAAGUGUUUUGUAUAAAUCUGUAUUAAAUAUAUUAUUUGGGAAAAAUAUACUUCCAACAGAUGAUGAGCAGUAUAGAGAGUUAGAAGAUAACUUCACUAAAUUUGAUGAACAAUUUGAAUAUGGUUCAAAAUUACCAGCAUUUUUAUUAGGAGGAUGGUCUCAAUCUAGACAAUAUCUUAUUGAUAUGUUUAAAAACUUGGUAGACAGUGAAAAGAAGAAAUCUCAAGAUUUACCAGUUUCAGAGAAAACUCUGCUUCAUAAUGUCUUAGAAUGUGUUGAUAAAGAAAACUCACCAAAUUAUUCUGUAUUAUUAUUAUGGGCUACACUAGCUAACAGUAUACCAAUGAUAUUUUGGACAAUGGCAUUUAUAGUAACAAGACAAUCUGUUUAUGAAAAAGUGUGUAAUGAAAUUGAAGAAAAACUUCCAGAGAAAUUAGAAACAAUUACUGAGGCUGAUUUACGUAAAAUGCCAUAUUUGAAAAGUUGCAUCUUAGAAACUGUCAGGUUAAGAUCACCUGGUAUCAUUCCACGCUAUGUUGCCAAACCUUUUAAAAUAAGGGACUUGACAGUACCAGCUGGUAAUUUAAUAUUUGCCUCACCAUUCUGGGCUCAUAGAAAUCCUGAACAUUAUCCUGACCCUGAGGAACAUAAACCUGAAAGAUGGAACAUGAAAGAUGUAGAGAGAAAUAUAUUUCCUGAAUAUUUUUUUGCAUUUGGAGGAGGAAGAUUUCAGUGUCCUGGAAGAUGGUUUGGUUUAAUGGAAAUUCAGAUAUUUGUUAUUAUGUUUUUAAAACAAUUUACAUGUGAAGCCUUUGAUCCUGUUCCCCAACCAAGUCCAUUCCAUAUAGUUGGAACCCAACAACCACUAGGACCAUGUAUGGUGGAAUUUCACCGAAAGAAUGUCAUAUGA